GACAACUAACGCAAAUAAUGGGCUGGGCAUGCAUGCAUUGUUUACAUUCGUUGCAUGUGUACAUACACGCGGAAUCAAGCACUGCACUUGUUAAUGUUUUCGCGACAACUCUCAUAAUACACGGAUCCCGUCGGCCAGCCAACAGCACACCAGCUUUAUAAAGUACUCUCGAUCUACUUCUUUCAUCAGUAGCUUAUUAUUUAUUUCAAAUUUAAUAGGGAAAUAAUCAACAAUAAUCAUGAAUAACAUCGAAAUGUCAAACAGGAAUCCUCAUCCUUUCCCGACGUUGGAGAAUGACACAAACUUUUUCGGUCCAAACACAACACAGAAAAUGCCAUAUGGUGAACCAACACAUAUAGCACAAACAAAAGAUCCUUGGAUGAGACUCAACUCAACAUGUACGCUAGCUAGUUCAAGACGGGAAGUUUAUCAUCAUGAUCCUCAGGCUCCUAGAGAUAGUUUGGAUUUCAUCCUCAAGGCAAACUACGACCAUCACGGUGAGCUACUCAAAUCCAGAUCAGAAACACUCAUGCAACCUGAAACAAUCGGCACCAAUCAUGGUCGUAUCCUGAAAAAUCGAGAGGUAGAAAAGGAGGCCGAGCCCAUGUCACCCACUGGCAAGCUCAAGAUCGUCAGUGUUCACAUCCCCAAGAAAGAAAGCAUCCACAGCGUGAAAGGGGCCAUCGAAAGCCACCAUACCCCGGCUACGAACCAAGGAUUUAUAAGGAAACACGAUGGUGGUUUUUACUUAUGAGAACCUAGCAUGAAGCAAACUUUACUGUAUAUAUAUACACAAAGUACCGGUCUGCUUAAUAAUUUUGUCCAACUUCUUUCAGAUAUAAUUGAGAUUAAGAGGUGUUGCAUCAGUAUCAUUGCUUUUGCUUGUCAACCUUGUGGUGAGCCAACUGCGCCUACAUGCAGCAAAAAAUGUUUAAUUUCUCUUCAUGCGUUCAUAGGAUUGGUUUUACUCUUAUAUGCAUAAAUAAACCAUCAAGAUCAUGUUUCAGACCAGUGGAUUUAUGAUUCUGAAAAUCAAUUUAAUAUUUGGCUGUGACGCUGGUAUUCAAGAAAGCAUGUUUGGGGGAAAACGUUGGAAAAGACUGGCAAUAUAAUGGGUUGGUGUUAUAAUGUCCAAAAUGGAAUGAGUAUAAUUCUUGUUGAGAUCAUUGUUUCAGUUCACUUCUAUUAUUUCUUUAUCUAAAAUUAUGUGACCUGAUGCAUAGUGCCUUUGUAUGUGGAGAGGCUCUUUUAAAUCCGUCCGUAUAUCACAUCACAGUAUACAUGUAGAUCUAUUUCUUUACCCACUUUGACAUAAAUACAUGUAUCUUAUUCGGUAUUUCGGACUUUUGUCAUUUUCGAUUCUGUUGGCAUGUUAACACAACAAAAGUGCUAUUUUAUUGUUUUUAAAUGAAAGCUAUGCAAACUGCUUUUACUGAUAUAAUCGUGUAUUUUAAUUACUUAUUUUUAUAGGCAGAUAAAAUAAUUUUCAUACACAUCUCUAUAUAAACCGAUAUUUGUGAAUGUAAACCUUGGAUCAUGAUAUGUAAUUAAACCAUGUACAGAAACUGUAUAGCAAUAUGUGAGUAAUUAAAGUCAGAAAUAUGAAAUAUAA